CUAAGUCCAUAAUUUCCUAGCUUACUCAGGAAAAUGUGGUUGGAGAAAAUAAAAAGCUUUACAGAAAUCAAAUUAUAUCUGUAACCUCUUUUGUUUAUCUUGUUCAUCAUGAACAAUUUGUUCCUCAAAAAGUUGAUGUAUCCAAAAGAUUGAGGGUUCUGUAGGUGUGUUUGGGAGGUCCAGGCCUUUCUUAGUGGUGGGAAAGUUGGCCAAGGGAAGAAGGCUCAUGUAAAAACAGAACAAGAAAAGCAAUCUUCCUGUGGUUGACAGAAUUCUCCUCAGGGCUGUUCUAAACCUCAGGGGAGGUUUGUAUGGGAAACUGGGGGCCAUCUUUCGAUUUUCAGACAAUGGUGAGAAUAUCUAGGGAGCUACUGAUGCAUACUGAGGUCUCUUGCUUUAGGAACUGAUGACCUUUGAUGAUGUGGCUGGGGACUUCAGGGAAGAGUGGGUUUCCUGGACACUGCUUAGAGAAUCCUCUUCAGGGAUGCCACCCAGUACAGUUAGAAGAAUGGGCUCUCAAAGGGAUUUCUAGAUCAAGUGUAAUCUCCCAGCUGGCACAGAAAGAAGAGCCAUGGCUUCUACCACUCCAAAACUUUGAGGCAAGGAAGAUUCUAAGGGAAAGUCACACAGACUUUGAGCACCAGGUGGCAAAACUCAAUCAGAAUAUUUCUGAAACAGAACAAUGUGGAACAUCCUCAGAAAGGACCGAUAAAAAUAUUUCUCAUACUCCUGGUUGGAGAGGAAACUGGGAAAGGGGCUUUGAAUUAGAAGGACAACAUGGAAUCCUUCCAGGAGAGGGCCUGCAGGAGCUCUUUUCACAAGAGAGGGAUUUAAACAAGCUCCUGGAUGGAUAUGUAGGAAACAAGCCUGUGUGUGCAGAAUGUGGGAAAAGCUUUAACCAGAGUUCCUAUCUUACAAGACACCUAAGAACCCAUACUGGUGAGAGGCCUUAUAAAUGCAUCGAGUGUGGGAAAGGCUUCAAACAGAGUUCAGACCUUGUCACCCAUCGCAGAACACACACAGGUGAGAAGCCCUACCAGUGCAAUGGGUGUGAGAAAAAGUUCAGUGACAGCUCGACACUUAUCAAACAUCAGAGAACCCACACGGGUGAGAGACCCUAUGAGUGCCCAGAGUGUGGGAAGACUUUUGGGCGGAAGCCACACCUUAUAAUGCACCAAAGAACGCACACAGGAGAGAAGCCCUAUACGUGCCUCAAAUGUCAUAAAAGCUUUAGUCGAAGCUCAAAUUUCAUCACCCACCAGAGGACUCACACAGGGGUGAAGCCUUACAGGUGUAAUGACUGUGGGGAGAGUUUUAGCCAGAGCUCAGAUUUGAUUAAGCACCAACGCACCCACACAGGAGAACGGCCCUUUAAAUGCCCAGAGUGUGGGAAGGGCUUCAGAGAUAGUUCUCAUUUCGUAGCUCACAUGAGUACUCAUUCAGGAGAGAGGCCUUUCAGUUGUCCCGACUGCCACAAAAGUUUCAGUCAGAGCUCGCAUCUGGUAACGCACCAGAGAACACACACAGGUGAGAGACCUUUUAAGUGUGACAUCUGUGGGAAAGCAUUUGCUGACAGUUCUGCUCUCAUUAAGCACCAACGAAUCCACACAGGAGAAAGACCCUACAAAUGUGGAGUGUGUGGGAAGAGCUUCAAUCAGAGCUCUCACUUUAUUACCCAUCAACGAAUCCACUUAGGAGACAGACCCUACCAAUGUCCUGAGUGUGGCAAGACCUUCAAUCAGCGGUCCCAUUUUCUCACACACCAGAGAACACAUACAGGAGAAAAACCUUUUCACUGUAGUAAAUGUGACAAGAGCUUCCGUCAGAAAGCACAUCUUUUAUGCCAUCAAAACACCCAUUUGAGGCCGGGCACGCUGGCUCAUGCCUGUAAUCCUAGCACUCUGGAAGGCCGAGGCAGGAGGAUUGCUGGAGGUCAGGAAUUUGAA